AUGACUGAUCAGAAUAUAAUUAAUCUUCGUUCAGCGGACCCGUUCGCCGAUGUAACCGGGUCGAGUGCAUCAGAUAGUGGCGCUACUGGUGGUGCCGGUGGUCAACGUAGUUCUAAUUUAAUUCAUAUUCGUAUUCAACAACGAAGUGGAAAAAAAACCUUAACUACAGUUCAAGGUAUUGGUGAAGAAUUCGAUAAAAAACGUUUAUUACGUGCAUUCAAAAAGAAAUUUGCUUGUAAUGGUACAGUUGUUGAACAUCAAGAAUAUGGUGAAGUAAUUCAACUUCAAGGUGAUCAACGAACUAAUGUAAGCCAAUUUCUUAAAGAAAUUGGUAUUUGUCAAGCUGAACAACUUAAAGUCCAUGGCUUCUGA